GAGCGGGGGCAGAGCCGAGCUGCGCGAUCCCGGCGCCCUCGCCGCGCUCCUCCGGGCCCCAGCCGGCCCUCGCCGGCAGCGGCGCGUCCUCCAGCGGUGGCAGCGGUGCUCGCAGCGCCUGGCCUGCAGUGACUGCUGGGUUACAGCGAGGCUGGAGCCACCUCCUCCUUCCCUGCCACCUCCCUAUCUGGACACCUCAGCAGCCUGAGUCUUGGUUGGCCUCCAGAAUCUCAACAGGAGGAAGCUGAGGGCCCUGUUGAGGGUCAGACCAAUGCUGCGAGGGGUGUGAGGAGAGUUGCUGCUGCCUGUCCCCACGCUGCUGGCCUGGCAAGGAGGAUGGAGCUGGAGUGAGGGCCAAGAGCUGCUGACUGGCGCCGGGGACACUGGUGACGCUCAGACCACAGAGGCUGGACGACGUUCAUGGCUCUCGGGUAGAGCCCAGCGACACGGCCAGGAUGAAUUCUAUGGACAGGCACAUCCAGCAGACCAACGACCGACUGCAGUGUAUCAAGCAGCACUUACAGAACCCUGCCAACUUCCACAAUGCUGCCACGGAGCUGCUGGACUGGUGUGGGGACCCGCGUGCGUUCCAGAGGCCCUUUGAGCAGAGCCUGAUGGGCUGCCUCACGGUGGUCAGUCGAGUGGCAGCCCAGCAAGGCUUCGACCUGGACCUCGGCUACAGACUGCUGGCUGUGUGUGCUGCAAACCGAGACAAGUUCACUCCCAAGUCUGCCGCGCUGCUGUCCUCCUGGUGUGAGGAACUCGGCCGCCUGCUGCUGCUCCGACAUCAGAAGAGCCGCCAGAGCGACCCCCCUGGGAAGCUCCCCAUGCAGCCCCCCCUCAACUCCAUGAGCUCCAUGAAACCCACUCUGUCGCACAGUGAUGGGUCAUUCCCCUAUGACUCUGUCCCCUGGCAGCAGAACACCAACCAGCCUCCCGGCUCCCUGUCCGUGGUCACCACAGUGUGGGGAGUGACCAACACAUCCCAGAGCCAGGUCCUCGGGAACCCUAUGGCCAAUGCCAACAACCCUAUGAAUCCAGGCGGCAACCCCAUGGCGUCGGGCAUGACCACCAGCAACCCCGGCCUCAACUCCCCGCAGUUCGCUGGGCAGCAGCAGCAGUUCUCGGCCAAGGCUGGCCCAGCGCAGCCCUACAUCCAGCAGGGCAUGUAUGGUCGGCCCAACUACCCCGGCAGCGGGGGCUUCGGGGCCAGCUAUCCUGGGGGCCCGAAUGCGCCCGCGGGCAUGGGCAUCCCUCCACACACCCGGCCACCCGCCGACUUCACUCAGCCUGCGGCUGCUGCUGCAGCAGCUGCAGUGGCAGCAGCAGCAGCCACAGCAACUGCCACAGCCACGGCCACCGUGGCAGCCCUACAGGAGACGCAGAACAAGGACAUAAACCAGUAUGGACCGGUCUGUUCCUCUUUCCAGAUGGGUCCCACCCAGGCGUAUAACAGCCAAUUCAUCAACCAGCCCGGGCCGAGGGGGCCUGCCUCCAUGGGGGGCAGCAUGAACCCUGCCAACAUGGCGGCUGGCAUGACGCCCUCGGGGAUGAGCGGCCCUCCCAUGGGCAUGAACCAGCCCCGGCCGCCUGGCAUCAGCCCCUUUGGCACCCACGGGCAGCGGAUGCCCCAGCAGACGUACCCGGGCCCCCGGCCCCAGUCCCUUCCUAUCCAGAGCAUAAAGAGGCCAUACCCAGGAGAGCCCAACUAUGGAAACCAGCAAUAUGGACCAAGCAGUCAGUUCCCCACCCAGCCAGGCCAGUACCCCACCCCGAACCCUCCGAGGCCACUCACCUCUCCAAGCUACCCGGGACAAAGAAUGCCGAGCCAACCCAGCACUGGGCAGUACCCGCCCCCCACGGUCAACAUGGGGCAGUAUUACAAGCCAGAGCAGUUUAAUGGCCAGAGCAGCACCUUCUCGGGAAGCAGUUACAGCAACUACAGCCAGGGCAGUGUCAACAGGCCUCCCAGGCCGGUUCCUGUGGCCAAUUACCCCCACUCGCCUGUUCCAGGGAACCCCACGCCUCCCAUGACCCCUGGGAGCAACAUCCCCCCCUACCUGUCCCCCAGCCAAGAUGUCAAACCACCCUUUCCGCCUGACAUCAAGCCAAAUAUGAGUGCUCUGCCCCCGCCCCCAGCCAACCACAAUGACGAGCUGCGACUCACGUUCCCGGUGCGGGACGGCGUGGUGCUGGAGCCCUUCCGCCUGGAGCACAACCUGGCCGUCAGCAACCACGUGUUCCACUUGCGGCCCACAGUGCACCAGACCCUGAUGUGGAGGUCCGACCUGGAGCUGCAGUUCAAGUGCUACCACCAUGAGGACCGGCAGAUGAACACCAACUGGCCGGCCUCGGUGCAGGUCAGCGUCAAUGCCACGCCGCUCACCAUCGAGCGAGGGGACAACAAGACCUCGCACAAGCCACUGCACCUCAAGCAUGUGUGCCAGCCGGGCCGCAACACCAUCCAGAUCACGGUCACCGCCUGCUGCUGCUCGCACCUGUUCGUGCUGCAGCUGGUGCACCGGCCCUCCGUGCGCUCGGUGCUGCAGGGCCUCCUGAAGAAGCGCCUCCUGCCGGCCGAGCACUGCAUCACGAAAAUCAAGCGGAACUUCAGCAGUGUAGCAGCUUCAUCAGGCAGCACAACCCUGAACGGGGAGGACGGUGUGGAGCAGACGGCCAUCAAGGUGUCCCUGAAGUGUCCCAUCACAUUCCGGCGCAUCCAGCUGCCUGCUCGAGGCCAUGAUUGCAAGCACGUCCAGUGCUUUGACCUGGAGUCAUACUUGCAGCUGAACUGCGAGAGAGGGACCUGGAGGUGUCCUGUGUGCAAUAAAACUGCUCUGCUCGAGGGCCUAGAGGUGGAUCAGUACAUGUGGGGGAUCCUGAACGCCAUCCAACACUCUGAGUUUGAAGAGGUCACCAUCGACCCCACGUGCAGCUGGCGGCCGGUGCCUAUCAAGUCAGACCUGCACAUCAAGGAUGACCCUGAUGGCAUCCCCUCCAAGCGCUUCAAGACCAUGAGCCCUAGCCAGAUGACCAUGCCCAACGUCAUGGAGAUGAUCGCCGCCCUGGGCCCAGGCCCAUCGCCCUACCCACUCCCACCUCCCCCUGGGGGCACCAACUCCAAUGACUACGGCAGCCAAGGCAACAACUACCAGGGCCAUGGCAACUUCGACUUCCCCCAUGGGAACCCCGGUGGGACGUCCAUGAAUGACUUCAUGCACGGGCCCCCCCAGCUCUCCCACCCCCCAGACAUGCCUAGCACCAUGGCCGCCCUCGAGAAGCCCCUCAGCCACCCCAUGCAGGAAACUAUGCCCCACGCUGGCAGUUCUGACCAGCCCCAUCCCUCCAUACAACAAGGUUUGCACGUACCACACCCCAGCAGCCAGUCAGGGCCUCCAUUACAUCACAGUGGGGCUCCUCCUCCUCCUCCUCCUUCCCAGCCUCCCCGGCAGCCGCCACAGGCCGCUCCCAGCAACCAUCCACACAGCGACCUGACCUUUAACCCCUCCUCAGCCUUAGAGGGUCAGGCCGGAGCGCAGGGAGCAUCCGACAUGCCGGAGCCUUCGCUGGAUCUCCUGCCAGAACUCACCAAUCCUGAUGAGCUCCUCUCCUACCUGGACCCCCCUGACCUUCCAAGCAAUAGCAAUGACGACCUCCUAUCUCUCUUUGAGAACAACUGAAGGCCCCCAGCGGGGACAUCCCCCUACUCUGCCUCCUGCCCUGUCUUCCCCUCACUCUUGCACCCCAGGAGCCCGCGCCACAGGCCACCCCUCGCUGGGACCAUAGGCUGGGGUGGCUGGGGAAGGCUGUGUGGGGCCACAGCCAGUGCCCCCCUGAACGCCCUGGGCCAAGGCUAUGGCCAGAGCAGGUCCUGAAGACGACCCACAGAGGGGCGCAGCCUGGCGACAGGCAGUCGACCUUUUGGUGCCCCCAAGGUUCUUCCAUUUUCUAAACUAUAGCCCAUUCACUCCCUGCUUCCUGGCCUGGAGCCCUCUUCAAGUGACUGGAGCUGAGAGAGAGCUCCCCGAGACCACAGGACCCCAGCCUCCAAGGAGCAGUGAUAGUUGCUACAGUGAUAAACGGCUGCCCUCCACAGAAAAGCACAAACCCCCAGGAAGGAAGAAAUCUCUGGGGCCAAGGGCCGGGGCUCUGACCUCCAACCUCUAACCAAGAGAUGCCCUGUGAAUGCUCCCUCAAGGCAGAGAGGAGAGGACAAGGUUCUGUAUCUGAGGGAGGGGCUGCUAUUCCUGCUUGGGGACUGGUGGGAAAGAGGAGACGGGGCCCCUGGAGCCAAGACAGUGCAACAGGGGGAUCUGCCUUGGGGGAAUCAGAGGAGGACCCCACCUUGGGGGGCAGAGUGAGUGUGUGUGGGCAUCCAGCCAGAAUAAUUGUGCCCUGGCCUGGAGACCGUGGGGGAUGUCACCAGCCAGUGUCACCUCAGAGCCUGCCACUCACAACUUUGCCCCAAGCCACUCGCUGUUCAGUUCAGACUUCGGUUGACAGCUCGGAAGGACAGGAAAGUAACCCUUGGAUGGCAAGCAAACAAACGUUUCCCUCCGUGUGUUGUUCCCCGCCGCCACCCACCCGCCUCUGCAAGACUGUUCCACGGGACACCCACUCCCCUCUGUCCUCUGUCCGCCGGGCAGCUGCAGUGCAGCAGAGGCAGGCCCAGCGCAGGACAUGCAGCCUCGGGGCAGGAGGAUCUCGGCACCCGCAUCAGUCCAGCCUCCGUGUCCGCCAUCCACUCAUUGCUGUAUACUCCAGAGUGUCUCUGUGGCCACUUGUGGUGUCCCCAUGGCACCAGCCUCCCCCGCUGAGCUCGCUCCACAAGAGCACCUCUCUCUGGUCUUCCUUCACUGCUUAACUCCCCCCGCUUUGGGGUCCCCAGGGUGCUGGUCUAUGUCCCCUAAGCCUCACAGCCUGUGGUGAUGCUGGGUUAUCCGGUCACUCAGGUCCCAUCUGUAAAUUCUUUGCGCCCUUUCCUGCUGCUGCCGCCCAGGGCGUUCUGCCCUGCUAUCCGCUAUCACCAUCACCCUCCCGGGUCCCUCUGUGGUGGGUGGUCCCCAGCACUCUUCUGUGGCUCGAACCAGAAAGGUGGCCUCAGCUGUGGACACGAAGUCACUGUAUCAAACGGCACAAGGUUUUCGGAAGGAAAGCUGUCAUCCCCCCCCCACCCCUUCUCUUCCUUUGUCUCCCGCUGUCGUUAUUGUCCUCAAGGUUUUUUCAGACAGUGUGUUGUUCAGUAUGCAAAUCACUUAUUUUAAGAAUCGCUUUUGUAAAUAUCUUUGUGAAUAUUUUAGUAUUGUCUUUGAUAAUAUUCAACAUUUUCAUGACCUGGUUAUAGCAUUUGCUGGUGUUUUUAAAAUACCUUGACUCAACAACAAAAACCGAGUCCUUUUUUAAAAAAACAAAAAAGCAACCAGGGCUAUUUGUACAGAUGAGGGACAAACAGAAUGAGUGGCUUUGUGGGAAGUUGGAAAACUAGGCAACCCCCUGCUGAGAGCCAUCCCCAGGUCAGCUGUGGGGACAUCUCCAGGUAGCUUGUGGCUGUCCCUGUCCUGUGCCUGUGGCCCAGCAGGUGGCCAUAUUCUGUUUCUGACCAUCUGGAAUGUUCAGCUGUAGACAAAAUGACAGAUGCCUUUUUGAGCAACUCCUGCUUCCCGCCAUGAGACUUCACCCCAGAAAGACUUGGGGUUCCUGCUGGGGCUUGUCACAGUGCCCCCAGAUCCUGUGUCCAGGCCUGGCCUCAGCUUUCUAGUGCAGAGGUUCUAGCUGCUCCCAGCAGCCCCGGCUCCAGGCACCUUGCUGCGGUCUCUGGGUGGGUGCCUCUGCCUGGUUUUCCGGGGUCCCUCCGCAAGCAAGCCUCCACCAGCAAGCUCAUUACAGAGCUUCCCUCCCGACCAGCUCUGACCCGUAGUGCCUGCAGCCCUGGCUCUGGGAACCGGAGUGACAGGUGCUCAGCCAGGGUGUAAGGGACAGGCAGCCACCUCGGGCUCGGGUGCAGGUCAAGGCAGCCGCGUGGGCAGAAGCAGGCCCAAGCUCUAGAAAGAUCCCUCCCUGAUGUUCUCAGAUGACAACUUGCAGCCAUAAGUAACCUCAGCAAAAAUGGGGCCUCAGCAAGACACCUUCCCAUGACAAGCAUCCACCCACCCGUGGCACGAUUCUGCCGCCACUCCACAAGAUGGACGGGAGCCAGCGGGCAGGCAGAAAGGGCCCGGAACAGGCAAUCACCCCCAUCUCCUUGGUUUGAAGCUUUAUCAUGUUCCCUGUAGCCAUUUUAUUUUUUAAGAAACUUCUAAUCCUUUCUCUCUGACGGAUGCCCUAACCCCCAGAGAGCUACAGGUCUGCUGCCGGUGGGCCUCGGGCCUGACCCGUCCAGACAGGGCAGGUGAGCAGCAGCAACUCAAGGGACGUGUGUACAUAUGUAAAUGAAAAAUAGGCCUGUCAACUGAUGCAUUCAUUUCUUUUGGAAUGUGUAUUGUUUUUAUUUUACAAAGCAAAACAAAACAAAAAAAAAUGGCUUGGAACUCCAUCUUAACGUGAAAAAACUAGAUCCUGUUUGUUAGUUUGUGAGCUCUCCACCUCCGUCUCACUCGUGUAAUAUACUCUGACCUGUGUGGAAAGGCAGUUCUGUUCUGUUUUUAUUUUACCUCCAUGUACUAUUUAGCUUCAGCGUAUCUAGUCCUGCCACCUGUGUAUUUUUAGGGUGCUAUGGAUAUAAUGAAAAGAAAUGGGGAUUUCAGAAGGCGAUUGUAACCAAAUUCAUCCUUUGUAUAAUUUUUUAUAUCAUGAUCACAGGUGAUUCACUCGUACCCACAUCUACACGCCCACCAGUGGAGCCUGGAGUGACUCCCGCAGAACCGUCACCGUCUCUGUACAUCACGUGUACAAUGCAGAGAGGUCAUUUCAUACUUUCAGCCGCUCAGAAAAACUAAUUGUGAUUUCUAGUCUUGCAAAGCUGUAUGUAGUUAGAUGUGACAACCUCUAAUAUUUAUCUAAUAAAUAUGUAUUCAGAUGAAACCUGUA